AUGAAGAUGCGUUUCGCCUUUCUUACCCUGUCCUCCUGUGCAGUAGUCACUGCGCUCUCCGGAGACGAGGCUCUGAAAAAGUGGGGUGGGCCUCAGGGUGGGCAUACGAUUUCCCACGGGGGUAACAAUAUUGGCAAUGGGGAUGGGGGUGGGCUUAACAUCAACACUGGGGGUGGGGACAUUGGGGACAUUGGAGUUGGGGUUGGGGGUGGUGGGGGGAGUGGAGGAGGUUGCGACCCGGCCGCCUGUGACGCUAAGGCGCGGGCCACCUUCGGUGUUGGAUCCGCCCCGAUCGGCAUUGCAGUCGGAGACUUCAAUAGAGAUGGCAAUCUCGAUAUCGUGGCUGCGAAUGAAUUCGGUGAUAGUGUGAGCGUCUUGCUCGGAAAUGGAGCCGGGAGCUUCCAGCCGCAGGCAACAUUCCCUAUAGGGCCGACAUCAGUCGGCGUUACAGUCGGCGACUUCAACGGAGAUGGCUAUCUCGAUAUCGCGGCUACGAGCGAGACCGAUAAUACAGUGAGCGUCUUACUCGGAAAUGGAGACGGGACCUUCCAGCCGCAGGCCACAUUCCCUGUAGGGGGUAUCCCGGCCGGUAUUACAGUCGGUCACUUCAACGGAGAUGGAUAUCUCGAUAUCGCUGUUGCGAAUGUCAACGAAAACACAGUAGGUAUUUUGUUUGGGACUGGAUCAGGGAGCUUCCAGCAGCAGGUCACAUUUCCUGUAGGGUCUUCGCCAUGGGAGAUUGCAGUGGGUGACUUUAACGGAGAUGGCUCUCUCGACAUUGUCACUUCGAAUUACGAUGACGAUACAGUGAGCGUUCUGCUUGGGACCGGAUCGGGGAACUUCCAGCCACAGGCUAUACUCCCCGUUGGACCCGGGCCGCUUGGCGUCGCAGUGGGUGAUUUUAAUGGAGAUGGUUAUCCCGAUAUUGUUUCUGCAAAUUUCGACGGUACUACAGUGAGUGUCUUGCUCGGAACUGGAUCUGGGAGCUUCCAGCCGCAAGUCACAUUCCAAGUAGGGUCUAGGCCCGCUUCGGUUGCAGUGGGUGACUUCAAUGGAGAUGGUCAUCUUGAUAUCGUGGCUUCGAAUGUCGAGGACGAUACAGUGAGCGUCUUGCUCGGAACUGGAUCUGGGAGCUUCCAGCCACAGGUCACGUUCCCGUCGGGAUCUGCGCCAUAUGGCGUUGCAGUCGGCGAGUUCAAUGGAGAUGGCCAUCUUGAUAUCGCGGUUUCGAAUGAUAUCGGCGAGACAGUGAGCGUCUUGCUUGGCAAGUCUUGCGUCGCUUAG